AUCCACGGCCAUCUUUAAUUUUAACUCAUUCAUGAAAAGUUGUUGUGGCUCAUGUAAACACGGCGAGCGACACAUUAGAGCUCAGAGCCACACCGAGGACGUGGUGUGCAAGUAGUUUCCUGCGACCAGCUCCAACCUGAGCAGAGCAGCGCCGCAGCAGCAGGCUGUCCGCCGAGAUUAAGUACACACCGACAGCUAUGAGAAAGAAGCAGACCGCCAAACAGAGGAAGACUGAGGAGACAAACGUCACAGUUGUCCAGGAGUUUGUGGUAGAGAGAAUAAUUCGCCGCAGAGUCUCCAAUGGAAGAGUGGAGUACUUCCUGAAGUGGAAAGGCUUUACUGAUGCAGAAAACACUUGGGAACCAGAGGAUAAUCUGGACUGUCCUGAACUCAUUGAAGAGUUCCUGAGAAACGCCCAUCUGUCCGAAAUGAAUGAGGAAGAACAAAGUGAGCUGCUAGAACCCGAGUUCAUUCCAAAAGAAGAGAUGACAGAACAAGAGACGGAAAUUUCUUGUAUGCAGUCCCAGCAGCAGUCUCACACUGUGCACAGCGAUGGCAACAUCCUGGAGUCAGACACACCCACUAACCUCAGCACUUACCUCGAGCCUGAAUGCAUCAUCGGCUCCACAGACAGACAGGGAGAGCUCAUGUUUCUAGUCAAAUGGAAAAAUUCAGAUGACGUAGCCCUGCUGCCGGCCCGUGAAGCGAGCGCCAGGUGUCCCCAGGUGGUCAUUGACUUCUACGAGCAGAAGUUGACCUGGCACUGCGGAGACGAGGAGCAGUGAAGUGUGUGUGUUUGUGUGCAUUACCGAGGUGAACUGAUAAACAGCUGCGCUCUCACCUGAAGCUUAGUUUACCCUCCACCGAGUGUCCUCUUCCGUCAGUUGACAUUAGAGGCACUCUGUGUGAAAUUGCGUCCCGCUGAACGUUGGGGGUUUCAGAUUGUGGCAGGUGCGAGAACCUCAGUGGGGAUGAAUUUUUAAGUGCUCUCAGCCCUGCGGUGCUCCAUAAGGUCACGGUCCCUUUGUGGAGACUGUGUUGGGGGCUUAAACUAACCUUUAGUGUAGAGCGGCUGAUUUAAAGGUUGGACUAACCUGUAGCAGCUUUGGUCUUGUGUCAUCAUGUAGCAGACACAAUCACUGUGGAAUGGUUUUGUUUUUAAGAUUUGUUGUUAACUAGUGAGUUUGUAUUUAUAGUCCUGUUUCCCUAUAAGGAUCUUCCAUUGUGGAGGGCCCUUAGUCAUGUAGUGUGUGCUCUGCAGUAAACCUUGUACAGCAACACUAUUUAGGCAGAAUGAACUAGCUGCUGUCUUACCUCCAGUCCAUGUAGUUUUUCGUUAGAGAUCGUAGACCUGUUGUUGGGACGUCUGUUGUGUGAGGUGUUCAUAGCCACAGCUUUGACUGUCUCACUGUGUCUCUGUAUGACCCUUGUGGCUGAUAAUUUAAAAAAAGUGUUCCCAAUCAGCUGCUAUGUACCAAAUGUUCCCUUCUCCUCUAUAUUGAUUUAUAACAAGAACAUUGUUCAGGUUUUAAAGUAAUUAUUACGUGCUUUUACCCUAAAUGAAGUCUUGCCAGAAUGAUUCAAAAGGUCACAAUAUUUCUUAAGUUAAAUCUAUUGAGAUUUCCAUACACUGAAAAUAACUUUUGUACACCUGCAGUGUACAGUGGCUAAUAAGAUUGUUAAAUGUAGCACUUUAGAUAUGAGACUGUCCAAUUGUGAAGGGCAUUGUCUUCCAGUAGUUAUACAGGCCUGUGUAAAAUACCUGUAUUCUUAUGGCUUUGUCCUGACUCGACAUAUCUCCCGUGACUGUUAUGGGACACUCAGCUGAACCUCAAACCUCCUAAAAACACACCUACUACUGAAUUGCUGUAACUGUUGACCAUGGAUCUGUGAAGUCUCUGUGAAUAAAGGAAACUUU